CGUUUCGAACUGGACAUCGUAAUUCGUCGGGUUUGCAUCACGUGAGCGUGUAUUUAGGGGGCGAUUGCAGCGCAUUAUAAAGCCGGUCGACGUCCUUCAAACGACAUAGCGUCAAUUUGUUUCCACGCUCGCAGCUCGUCCCGACUUAACGCAGUAAUAAUCAUGUCGAAGAUUGGAAUCAACGGUUUUGGCCGCAUUGGUCGCCUUGUAUUGAGAGCUGCGACUGAAAAGGGCGCGUCGGUAGUCGCUAUCAAUGAUCCCUUCAUUGGCCUGGAUUACAUGGUGUACCUCUUCAAGUUUGAUUCUACUCAUGGUAGAUUCAAGGGACAGGUAGAGGCUAAGGAUGGCAAACUUGUUGUCAAUGGUAAAGCCAUUGAAGUGUUCCAAGAGAGGGAUCCUGCUGCCAUUCCAUGGGGCAAAGCUGGAGCUGAAUAUGUGGUGGAGAGCACUGGUGUGUUCACUACCAUUGACAAAGCUUCUGCCCACUUGAAGGGUGGUGCCAAGAAGGUUAUCAUUUCGGCACCAUCGGCUGACGCGCCCAUGUACGUCUGCGGUGUUAAUUUGGAUGCCUAUGAUAAGAAUAACCAAGUCAUUUCUAACGCGUCCUGCACAACCAACUGUCUUGCCCCGUUGGCCAAGGUAAUUCACGAUAAUUUCGAGAUUGUCGAGGGUUUGAUGACAACUGUACAUGCCACCACUGCCACUCAGAAGACCGUCGACGGUCCCUCAGGUAAACUGUGGCGUGACGGCCGUGGUGCCGCCCAGAACAUCAUCCCCGCCUCAACUGGCGCUGCCAAAGCCGUCGGCAAGGUAAUUCCUUCAUUGAACGGCAAGCUUACCGGCAUGGCGUUCCGUGUACCUGUUGCGAACGUCUCCGUGGUGGAUCUCACCGUCCGGCUGGGCAAGUCCGCCACCUAUGAUGAGAUCAAGGCGAAGGUCAAAGAGGCUGCCCAAGGCCCCCUGAAGGGUAUUCUUGGCUACACCGACGAGGAGGUCGUCUCCAGCGAUUUCAUCGGCGACACACACUCUUCUAUCUUUGAUGCCGCCGCCGGUAUCCAGCUGAACGACAAAUUUGUUAAGCUCAUCUCGUGGUACGACAACGAAUAUGGCUAUUCCAAUCGCGUUGUCGACCUGAUCACGUACAUUCAGACCAAAGACUAGGCGACAUUUUAUAUGCCCCGAAGUUUUAGUCCGUGGAAAUUUUAUAUUUGUUUGUAAGCAUCAUAUAUUGUCUGUCAAGAGAAACAGCAUCGAGUACUAAUUAUGUAA